GCGCUGCCCUGCACGGCUGAGACAUGGCCAGCCGUUCCUACCGCUUCGGCUCCAGCGUCGGAGUCAGGAACUUCAGCUCCUGCUCUGCGGUUCUGCCCAAGCCCUCGGCCCAUAGCUGUGCCGGUGCCCUGAGCUCCCGCGGGGGCAAUCCUGGGGGGCCCGGCUACAGGCACCUUGGGGGCUUCGGCAGCCGGAGCCUGUGUGCUGUGGGGUCCCCGCGCAUGGCGGUGAGUUGUGGAUGGCCCCUGCGCAGCGGGGGCAGCUUUGGCUACCGCUCCGGCGGCGUGUGCGGGCCCAGCCCGCCCUGCAUCACCAGCGUGUCGGUCAACGAGAGCCUCCUCACGCCCCUCAACCUGGAGAUCGACCCCAAUGCGCAGUGCGUGAAGCACGAGGAGAAGGAGCAGAUCAAGUGCCUGAACAAUAAGUUCGCUGCCUUCAUCGACAAGGUGCGCUUCCUGGAGCAGCAGAACAAGCUGCUGGAGACCAAGUGGCAGUUCUACCAGAAACGCAAGUGCUGCGAGAGCAACCUGGAGCCCCUAUUCCAAGGCUACCUUGAGACGCUGAGGUGGGAGGCUGAGUGCGUGGAGGCCGACAGUGGGAGGCUGGCCUCGGAGCUCAACCACGUGCAGGAAGUGAUGGAGGGCUACAAGAAGAAGUAUGAAGAGGAGGUGGCCCUCAGGACCACAGCCGAGAAUGAGUUUGUGGUGCUGAAGAAGGACAUAGACUGUGCCUACCUGCGCAAGGCUGACUUGGAGGCGAAUGUGGAGGCGCUGAGGGAGGAGAUGGGUUUCCUGCAGGCCCUCUACGAGGAGGAAAUCUACCUUCUUCAGUCACAAAUCUCGGACACCUCGGUGGUGGUCAAGAUGGACAAUAGCCGGGAACUCAACAUGGACUCGGUUGUGGCCGAGAUCAAGGCUCAGUAUGACGAUGUUGCCAGCCGCAGCCGGGCCGAGGCUGAGUCCCGGUACCAAACCAAGUGCGAGCAGAUGAAAGCCACAGUGAGCCAGCAGGGUGAGAACCUUCGCAGAACCAAGGAUGUGCUCAACGAGCUGAACCGCCUGAUCCAGAGGCUGACAGCGGAAAUGGAGAAUGCCAAGCAGCAGCGCUGCAAGCUGGAGGGUGCCGUGGCAGAGGCGGAACAGCAGGGCAAGGCGGCCCUCAGGGACGCCAAGUGCAAGCUGGCGGGGCUGGAGGAGGCCCUGCAGAAGGCCAAGCAGGACAUGGCCUGCCUGCUCAAGGAGUACCAGGAGGUGAUGAACUCCAAGCUGGGCCUGGACGUGGAGAUCGCCACUUACCGCAAGCUGCUGGAGGGCGAGGAGACCCGCUUGUGUGAACGUGUGGGCUCCAUCAAUAUCUGUGUGAGCCAUUCCCAGGGCGGUGUGGUCUGCGGGGACCUCAGUGCCACUAUCCCCCGUGGCCUGGGGGGCGUGGCAACCAGCAGUGGCAUCCUCUGCUCCCCCUCUGUAGUGGGUACCUGCUCCAGUGUCAGAUCGGUGCGGUUUGUGUAGGGGGUG